CCUCUCAUUUUUUUCGAUCCAAAAAAUGAAAUCUGCAAUUCAACAACAAGUUCUUGGAAUGCAGCUAUCAUUGGCUCUUGCACGAGCCAGAUUCCUGGCUCAUCCCUCCAAGCAUCUCCAUAUAUCUUCUUUAGAUGAUGGGUCUCAAUCAAUUCAGAAAUAUAAUGGGAAAGAUUGGAUCUUGAAUCGAGUCCACAAAAAUGGGAGAAAACCCGACAAUAUCAUCCGUGCACUCCGAGAACAUGUGAAAUUAGGGGCAAAGAUCACAGAAACAGUGAAGGGAAAGUUGAGCUUAGGAGCAAGAAUUGUAAGAGUUGGAGGAGUGAGGAAGAUCUACAAGAAGCUAUUCACAGUGAGUGAAGGAGAGAAGCUUUUGAAGGCAUCACAAUGCUAUUUGUCAACAACAGCUGGGCCUAUGGCUGGCCUUCUCUUCAUUUCCACUCAUAACAUUGCGUUUUGCAGUGACAAAUCCAUCAAACUCUCUUCCCCAAAUGGCGAAGAACAUGUUAGAAUUCACUAUAAGGUUGUGAUACCAAAUGAGAAGGUGAUGAGAGUGAAUGAGAGUGAGAAUGUGAAGAAAGCAUCACAAAAGUACAUACAAAUAGUGACAGUGGACAAGUUCGAGUUUUGGUUUAUGGGGUUUCUGAAUUAUCAAUCAACUUUCAACUCUUUUCAAGAACUACAAAGAUGACUUUGAGCUGUCUGCUUUUCUCAUGGUUGGAUGAUGAAGAUGUGUCUAUGAAUAUGCAAUUUGAAGCAUGAAAUAGUGAUUGUUUUGUACAGAUUAUUGGAGUAAAUUACUCCAUUUUUAUCCUAAAUUUGAAAUUUUGUAUCAAUUUUCACCCAUCGAAUCACUUACGAGUUGAUGUCAUGAUCA